AUGAUCAGUAGCUGUUCGUUUAAUAAUGGGGAAGUCCUGUUGCGAUGCUUGUUGGAGAAGGAGACAUUGUCUGAAGUUGUUGGAUUUGCAAACACUAAAAACAGACUCUUCUGCUUUCAGUUCAGUCUAGACUUCAUCAAGGUCAGUAUGGGAGUACCUAAUGAGUCAUCCCAGGAGGUAGUUUUCAAAGCCUCAGAAUUCACUAUGUGUGAAUGGUGUGGUUCACGUGUGUUACCGGUACUUUUUCUGCAAAUGACACCUGCUGCUUGCCACAAUAUACGAUCGUCCCUCAAAAUGAGCAAAGAAAAGAGCUGGUUUGAUUCUCAGGGGACCACUACUGAUGAACGGUACAUUGUUCUGAUUUUUGAAGCUGUUCCGGAUCCUCAAGCAGCUGAUAUUUUGGAAAGGAUUUUAACUGAAAUUGGCAAAAGGAACAGUAUACUAAACUUCUUUGCCACCAUUUCUUUUCUUGAAGCAAACAGUAGGCUUCUUCUUUUUACACAGACCCUAGAAGAACAUCAUCCAGGAAAUCUGUUGGUUAAAGAGAGCGGGGCUUCCUCCAAAUACUGUUUGAGAAACACUAGCCUUUCAACUGAUGAUGCUUUGGGAACAUCCCAUACUUCCUUUACGGGUCCUAUUGAAAAGUAA